AUUUGACGCUGUAGUUACAAGUGCCAAGUACCGUUGAUCAUCUAGAAUGUCUUGUGUUUUAAUUGCAUGCGAAGAGUGACCUUUUUAGAUUUGUGCAUCAGUUUGCGCCGUACCUUUCCUUUCUCAUUUAAGUUUGAACCUUAAUACUAAUUAAAAUAACUUGCAAAUGCUGCAAGAUUGCUAUUUACUCAAUUCAUUCAAAAAGAGGUUAGACAGAGUUUUAAGUUUGCAUGUUUUUAAUGUUGACACUGGCCCUGGAGGUAAGAAAAAAAUAUUAAACCAAGGCAAGCAUGGCAGAAGUUUUGUUUCCAUGGAUAAUUAUUCCCUAAUAAUCUCUCACAGAUAGUGAACUAUGUAGGGUGGCUUCCAAGAAAUAUUUGCACAUAUUUAAAAAAGCAGCUAUUGCAGUCACUCAAGGUUAUUGAACAAUCAGUAACAGAUAAUUUGUAUGCAGUCUUGCAACAGCAACUCAUACUAACUCUGGGUAGUGUUCUCCAUACAGCCCUUAGAUCUUUGCACAUUGCUUCCUGAAAUGUGCUGACCGUAUAUGAUAGGCGUAGUGUUUGAGAAUGGUUGUGAACCUCUGCAGUGGCUAACCCAGUCGAACCUAAACUGCAUCGUGGCUUCAGUGCUUGUAGCCUGUUGCCUUGUGGUUGGAGAGCUUGCAGUUUUUUGCCAUAGGGAUGGCUCGGUUAAACGAAACUCUUGCUCUCUAGAGCAACCCUUCUCCAAAGAUGUGGGGCUGAAGCUGAGGGAGGCGUUGAAACAGCAGCUCGCCAUCAUCCAUGAGAGAGUGGAAGCCAGAAAGAUCGCCAAAAUGGCGCUGAUGGAGGUGAGGAACCUCAUAGCCAAGGAGGACCAAGAGAAGGCACUGGACAAGAAGAGGGAAGAGGCUGAGUUCAGGGCCAGAGAAAAAGCUGAUGCCUGGUUUAAAAAGGAGGGAGAAAGGAUAGAGAAGGAAGAGAUGGAGAAAGCUAUGGAGAGGGUCAAGAGAGAGAAAGAGGAGGCAGAGAAACUGGCAGCAAAGGAUGAGGCUAAGAAAGCAAAGAAGAUAGAGGGAGAUGAAGGAAAGAAGCCAGAGAGGGAUAAGAAAUCUCCGAGUAAGACUUCUGAUAGUGAGGGGAAAAAAGUAGAGAAGGACGGCAAAGGACCCAAAGAUGGCAAAAGUAAGACCUCAACUAAAAAGGCCAGCAAGACAUCUUAAAUGGGUUCAGAGUUGUGUCAGCUCUGUAAGAACCUUUCCGUGAUAUUGAAGAUUAUUCACAAUCCUGUGGCCUGGGUGCACAGUUUGUGGGGAUUUCAGUUGGCUGUAGCACCUAAAGUGUUGUGUCAAGUCUGUAGAGACCUUUCACCAAGGCUGGGAGUUUGAAACCUCAAGUCUCUGUAUGAGACGUUUGAUUGGUGUAGCUGCCUGCUUUAUGUAAAACGCAUGCUGUCCUCAAAGGAAAAAGGUUCUAUGAACAGCACGACGCAACGUGCUUAUCAUCAGCUGUAGUUCCUCUCUUAUGUUCUUUUAAUGAUUUAUUGUCGCAGACCGUAGUGGCUUGAUUUCACUCUGCUUAGAUUUCAGUGAAUUACAGUACUUGGAUGUGGAUACUGUUUCUAAUACACACAAAAAUGUGUUGCUUUUUAAAUGCAGUAGUACUUCAUUAAAAUCGGCCAGAA